GAGUAAAACAUUUUUCAUCUUUGCCACAUCUCUGUUUUAAAGGCUCUGGGUGGGCGGCGCAAACGGCCCUUUAUUCAACAACCGGCUCUUUGCUCUUCGUUCCGAGCGACCCGGAACAUCAUUUUUUGCAACUCCCAGGCCGCUUCCGGUUGAUGAGGACACGUCACUCAUUCGACCGAGGAAGAGGACCAGCAAAAAGCCUCGCGUAUUGACACCUUUUGUGUGAAGUGGACGGCAAAACCAUGUCCAAUUCAGUCGUCUCGGUCAUCUCCCGGUUUCUAGAGGAGUACACCUCCACGACGCCCAACAAGCUGAAAGUGGUGGAUGCGUAUUUGCUGUACAUCUUGUUGACCGGAGCGCUCCAGUUCCUCUACUGUCUCCUCGUUGGCACCUUCCCCUUCAACAGCUUUUUGUCGGGCUUCAUCUCCUGUGUGGGCGCUUUCAUUCUCGCAGUGUGUCUUCGUAUCCAGAUCAACCCACAGAACAAAGGAGAGUUCCUGUCUAUCUCUCCAGAGAGAGCCUUCGCUGACUUCCUGUUCGCUCACACUGUCCUCCAUCUGGUUGUGAUGAACUUCAUUGGUUGAAACAGACGCGGAUACAACUUACAGUGCCCCCCCCCCCUCUCAGAAGAUCACGACAAGAGAAAUGAUCAAAACUCCCCUUCAAGAUAUGAUGCUGCGUCUGCUUUGGCGCCAUCCCACCUUCAAUACUGAAUUAAUUGCAUCUUGUCACAUGUGAUGCAGUACAAUUUUCUAGAUGAUAAAGUUGUUGAGUUCUGUCAUUGUUUUAAAUGUAAACAUUUGUAAAGCAUUCCCUUUUUGCACUGAGGUGAAGAAAUAAAAACAACUGAAAUGCUGGUCAUGUGAAUACUAAA